AUGACAGACAAAUCUUCCAAAAAGCUUCGCACGCGAGCAGAUUAUCCAUUUCAUCUAGAGUAUCGAACACGAUGGUCCGAUAAUGACAUGUACGGUCACCUCAACAACAGCAUAUACGCCUUCCUCUUCGACUCCAUAAUCAACCACUACCUCAUAACCCACUGCGGGAUUGAUCCUGCCCAACAUCUGUCGCAACAAGCGAAAAAACACAAUCAGAUCGGUCUUGUUGUCUCUUCAUAUUGCGAUUAUUUCGCAUCUGUUGCGUAUCCGGAUGUGCUUGAUUUGGGAUUGAGAGUUGUUAAGCUCGGGUCGUCGAGUGUUAUGUAUGAGGUUGGUGUGUUUAGGGCUGGAGAUGAGCGAGUUCAAGCUGUUGGCGGGUUUACGCAUGUUUUUGUGGAGAGGGAGACGAUGAAGCCGCGGAGUGGUGGCGGAGGGAUGGAUGGGGGUAUUAGGGAAGGUUUAGCAAAAUUGUAUACUACAGAGACGUCCAAGUUGUGA